CUUUGAAACGUAUGCUGAACUUCAAUGUUCCUCCUGUUAAAAACAGCACAGGAGAACCAGUGUGGAAGGUUCUCAUUUAUGACAGAUUUGGCCAAGAUAUAAUCUCACCUUUGCUGUCAGUGAAAGAGCUGAGAGACAUGGGGAUCACUUUGCAUCUGCUUUUGCAUUCAGAUCGAGAUGCUAUUCCAGAUGUUCCAGCUGUUUACUUUGUAAUGCCAACGGAGGAAAACAUUGACAGGAUGUGCCAGGAUCUUCGAAACCAGCUUUAUGAAUCUUAUUAUUUAAACUUUAUUUCUGCCAUUUCGAGAAGUAAACUGGAAGAUAUUGCGAAUGCUGCCAUAGGUGCUAAUGCAGUAACUCAAGUGGCUAAGGUGUUUGACCAGUAUCUUAAUUUUAUUACUUUAGAAGAUGACAUGUUCGUAUUGUGUAACCAAAACAGAGAACUCGUUUCAUAUCGUGCCAUCAACCGACCAGAUAUAACAGACACAGAAAUGGAAACUAUAAUGGACACUAUUGUUGAUAGUCUCUUCUGUUUUUUUGUUACACUUGGAGCAAUUCCUAUAAUCAGAUGCUCAAGAGGAACUGCAGCUGAAAUGGUGGCAGUGAAAUUAGAUAAGAAGCUCAGAGAGAAUCUAAGAGAUGCCAGAAACAGUCUUUUUACAGGUGACACGCUUGGAGCUGGCCAGUUCAGCUUCCAAAGGCCUCUGUUAGUCCUUGUUGACAGAAACAUAGAUUUAGCAACUCCUCUACACCAUACUUGGACAUACCAGGCUUUAGUGCACGAUGUUCUGGAUUUCCAUUUGAAUAGAGUUAACUUGGAAGAAUCAACAGGAAUGGAAAGUUCUCCAGCGGGUGCUAGACCUAAGAAAAAAAAUAAGAAGUCCUAUGAUUUAACUGCAUCAGAUAAAUUUUGGCAAAAGCAUAAGGGCAGUCCUUUUCCAGAGGUAGCAGAGUCUGUUCAGCAAGAACUGGAAUCCUACAGAGCCCAAGAAGAUGAAGUCAAAAGACUUAAAAGUAUCAUGGGUAUAGAAGGGGAGGACGAAGGAGCGAUAAGUAUGCUUUCAGAUAAUACAGCUAAGCUAACUUCUGCUGUCAGCUCUCUUCCAGAACUUCUGGAAAAGAAGAGGCUCAUUGAUCUUCAUACAAAUGUUGCCACAGCUGUUUUGGAGCAUAUAAAGAGUCGAAAGCUGGAUGUGUAUUUUGAAUAUGAGGAAAAAAUAAUGAGCAAAUCCACUCUGGAUAAAUCUCUUCUGGACAUGAUUUCUGAUCCAGACGCGGGCACUCCAGAAGACAAAAUGCGAUUAUUUCUUAUCUAUUACAUCAGCUCAGCUCAGGCACCGUCAGAGGUUGAUCUGGAGCAGUAUAAAAAAGCGUUGACGGAUGCAGGUUGUAAUCUUGCUCCUUUGAGCUACAUAAAACAAUGGAAGGCAUUCGCUAAGAUGGCUUCAGCUCCAGCCAGCUAUGGGAACGCUGCACCUAAACCUCUGGGUCUGUUUUCACGUGUUAUGAAUACAGGAUCGCAGUUUGUAAUGGAAGGAGUGAAGAACUUGGUACUGAAGCAACAG